AUGAAAAUUGAUAUUAAUUAAAUUUCACCUUCUCUUGCAACCGCCUUGCACAGAACUAGUUUAGGAUUCGAAAAACCUAAAAUCAUAAAGCGUCCCCUCAUGAAAUCUUAAUUAGGUGAUAUUGAUUUUUUGUAAAGACUCAAAGAUCUUGAGUCGGAUGGCGAAUAAAAAUUAGAUACCAAAAUCUAAAGAUUGCAUAGACAGAACAUAGUUGAAUAACAUAACCGCACAUACCCUCCAAAGAAUAUUUUUUGA